UAAUUAUAUUAAUUAAUUAAAUCCAAAGCAGCUUUGGAUUUGUUUUUAUUAAAAAUUUUAUAUAAUCCAAAGGCGAAGUAUAUAUAUAUUUCUCUCUGUCUCUCUGUCCCCUUUGUUCUUUUUCUCUAAUUUUCUCCUCUCGUUUUCUUCGCCGGAAAAUUGCGUCAGUUAUCACCGGCGAAUUCCGAUAAAAGGGAACUGUGUUUUAAUCUACAGCGAGGUAUCAUCACUUUUCGCCUGAGAAAUUAUCUUGUUUGGAAACUUAAACUAUUUUUUUAAAAGAAUUUCUUUUUUCAGUCUGGUUUUCACUUUCUUUGUUCUUGGAAAUUUUCACCGCAGAUCUGGUGGAUGAGAGAGAUUUAGGUUUUAUUCUUGUGUUUUUAACGGAUUUUGUCUUGAAUUUGUGAUGAAUUUGAGGAGAAGGAUAGGAGUUUAGGGUCCUUUUUUGUUUGGUUGGUUUUUGAUGGAAGAGCGAUUGAGAUCUGGUGAGCAUUCGGGGGUUGUGGUGAAGAAUAGGAGCCAAUCGGGUUGUUUGAUUGUCAGGAAGAAAGGGGAUGGUUCGGGUGGAGCCGGUUCCACAGGGGCCCGUAAGAUUUUCGAGCCUAAAGCAGAUAAGAAGAGGUCUAGGAUGAUUAUGAGUGACUCGGGUUCUAGCGAUGAGCUAGUAAUGCCACCUCGGAGGAGGGUUGGGCCGGAAACAAUUCAAGUUUGUAAUGGUUUAGCUAUUUAUGAAGAGAGUGAAAUUGGUAGGAAGAGGAAUAGGGAGGAGAGGAUAAGGCCAAGUGAGGAAUGUUUCAUUGGUUGGAAUGAGGAGGAUUUGAGUGAGAGUAAGAGGAAUAAGUUAGAUGUGUUUGACUUUAAUGAGUAUGAUGGACUUGAUGAGGACGUGAUUAUGAGAAGGAACAGAUUUGAUUAUGGUGGAGAAGAGGUUGGUGGGAGGAGACUGUUGGGAUCAAUGCCUGCAGUUGCUCGGAUGAGAAUUGAGAGAGAGUAUGAGAGUGGUCCAAGCAGGCAUGCUUUUCUUGAGAAAAAGAAGAAAAAAUUGUACUUUGAUCAAAGUGAUGGGAUAGGUCGGGAUCAUGAUGAUAGAAACAGGUUUAGGAAGGAUAGGGAUGGUGGUCGGAUGCAUUAUCCCUUGUUGAGGGAGAGGUACAUGGCUGAUUCAGAUGGACCCAUCAGGGUUCAGGGCAAAAAUGGUGUUUUGAAGGUAAUGGUGAACAAGAAAAAGAAGGUUGGUGAGCCUUUGAAAAAUUUUGAUCACUUGGAAGUUGAGGAAGGGCGGAGUGGUUCAAGGAUUGAUGAUAUAGUUAGGAGGAACUUGCAUGUUCUUCCAUCAUUGUACUCUGAGACAGAAGUUCUGGAGAAACCUGUUUCGUUUGGUAGGAAAGAGAAAAAGAAAGCAAAUUUACCAAGGACACCAACAACUAAGAAGAAUAAGGUCUCUGACUGUGAUUCAGAAGACAGUGAUACAUCUCUGAAGCUACGACCAAAGGAUACAGAAGCUUCUAACCUGACGAAGAGGGUAGGUAGCAAAGGGCAGAAAACUCAAGUUGAGCAACUUCAGCCUACCAGAAUCAAAGAAGGAAAAGUUAGGCGUGGAUGUGGCACAGAAAAACAGAAAUUACGGGAACGAAUAAGGGGGAUGCUUCAGGAAGCAGGCUGGACCAUAGAUUAUAGACCAAGGAGGAACAGGGACUACUUGGAUGCAGUGUACAUCAACCCUGCUGGAACUGCGUACUGGUCUAUCAUCAAGGCAUAUGAUGCACUUCUAAAGCAGCUGGAUGAGGAGGAUGAGGGCAAACCCUAUGGGGAUGGUCCUGCAUUUACCCCAUUAUCAGAUGAAGUACUCAGCCAAUUAACAAGGAAAACAGGAAAGAAGAUGAAAAAGGAGAUGAAAAAGAAGCGAAAAGAUGAAAGUGGCAGUGAGAAUGCUCAAGACACUGUUGCUAGGAAAUCUUCAAGUACCAGGCAUGAGGAUGAGAGUAUGGAUAGCUUGAGUCAUGAAGAGAAACUAAGUUCCUUCAUGAAGGGUAAGUCAUUCAAAUAUCGAGUGAAUGACAACAAUGGAAAUGCAAAAGGUCAAAGUUCUUUCCAUGUGCAUGAUAGCUAUGAAAAACCAUCCUCUAUAUCCAGUUCUCAUAUUCUUCAUGGAAGAAAAAGUAGAAAACUUGGGAGAUGUACCUUGUUGGUUCGUGGUUCUAAUGUGGGUCUGAGUUCAGAGGGUGAUGACUUUGUUCCAUAUUCUGGGAGAAGAACACUGCUUGCCUGGCUGAUUGAUUCUGGGGCUGUGCAGUUGAGCGAAAAGGUGCAGUAUAUGAAUCGUAGGAGAACAAAAGUGAUGCUAGAGGGCUGGAUCACAAGGGAUGGAGUCCACUGUGGUUGUUGUAGUAAAAUCCUCACAGUUUCAAAAUUUGAGAUUCAUGCUGGAAGCAAAUUACGCCAACCAUUUCAGAAUAUAUAUUUGGAUUCUGGUGUUUCUCUCCUUCAGUGCCAAAUAGAUGCAUGGAACAGACAAGUGGAGUCUGAGCAGAUUGGUUUUCAUUCUGUAGACGUAAAUGGUGAUGACCCCAAUGAUGAUACUUGUGGCAUUUGUGGAGAUGGUGGGGAUUUGAUAUGUUGUGACAGUUGUCCCUCAACAUUUCAUCAGAGCUGCCUCAAUAUAGAGUUCCUACCAGCGGGUGAUUGGCACUGUCCAAAUUGUAUAUGCAAAUUUUGUAGUAAUGGCAGCUGCAUUGCUCAAGAGGAUGAGAUAACUGAUUGCGCCCUUCUCACUUGCAGCCUGUUUGAGAAAAGAUACCACAAAUCAUGCAUCGAAGUGAGAGAUGAGAUUCAUGUUGAUUCGAACAGUUUAGUCCUUCCUUUUUGUGGGCAGACAUGUAGAGAGCUCUUUGAGCAUUUACAGAAGUAUCUAGGGGUCAAACAUGAACUCGAAGCAGGAUUUUCAUGGUCUCUUAUUCGAAGAACAGGUGCAGAUUUGGAUAUAAUUGCCAGAGGGCUUACGCAAAGGGUGGAAUGCAAUUCUAAACUAGCUGUUGCACUGACUGUGAUGGAUGAAUGCUUUUUGCCCAUUGUUGACAGGAGAAGUGGGAUCAACAUAGUCAAUAAUGUCCUUUACAAUUGUGGAUCGAAUUUCAACCGGCUGAAUUAUAGUGGCUUCUACACUGCUAUUCUGGAGAGAGGUGAUGAAAUAAUUUCUGCAGCAUCAAUCAGGUUCCAUGGAACUGAGCUAGCAGAGAUGCCGUUCAUUGGCACACGUCACAUCUACAGGCAUCAGGGAAUGUUCCGACGGCUUUUCUGUGCUAUUGAGUCGGCUCUCUGUUCUCUCAAGGUUCACAAACUAGUCAUCCCUGCAAUUGCUGAACUUACACAUACAUGGACUGCUGUUUUCGGUUUCACCGCACUAGAAGAGUCAGUUAAGCAAGAAAUGAGGUCCGUGAAUAUGUUGGUCUUUCCUGGUAUAGAUAUGCUGCAGAAGGUUCUAUUGAAGCUGGAAAACAUGGAGGCCACUGCUGUGACAGGUGCUAAGUGUACUGAAGCGACACCUGAGGUGGCUAACGGAUCUAAACCUGGUUCAUCAUCUGGGAAUGAUACUCAAGAAUGUGAUGAUGGUGGUUUGAAUCAUUCUAGUCGGAUAAAUGGUAAAACUGAAGGUGCUGAUUCAGAUUCCCGAUGUCCAAAUGUUUCUGCGAAUGAUACUUGUGGAACCAGUAGUUCCUCAGAUGCAUCCCCAGAUAGUAAAUACAAUGCUAACCCUAGCUCAAGCCAUGAUGCACUUAAGCUGCAGAAUAAGGUAGGACUUGAUGAUCCCGCCGAAGAUAAUCAGUCCGAUGAUGAGACUGAUUCACAGUCUGGGAACAAGGAAACCGAAUCUGCUUCGGACAGUGAAAAUUUUGCUACCUCUAUGGACUAUAAUGCGGUAGACAAGGGAAAUAAAAUGGUGGUAUCAGAUUCUGCUAUCGAGAAAAAUACUGAAUCCCGUGAAGAUGGUGAUAUAGAUAUGGAUGCUGUAGAUGCAGUCGACAAUGUUGAAGAAACUCUAUCAGGGGACAGGCUAGCUGAAUCAUCUGUCGGAGAAUCUGAUGAACGUAACAGUCAGAGUGAUACGACGAGUAAGGGUGUUAAUCAAGUUGAUAACGUAGCUGUUUCCGAUGAACUUGAAGUUCGAGUCUCAGUUAAGGAAAACACACUUGCCGGUUCUGAGUCCAGGGAGACGUUAGCAAUGUCGGCUUCCCCCGAGAAGGCUUUAUUCUCUGGUACACGUACAAAUUGUGAUGCAAUAGAGAUGGAAACUAAAUCAACGUUGGAUCUUCGCAAAGAUCUUUCUGGUUAUUGUGAGGAGCAUAAUGUGUGUGAUCAAGUGUCGAAUUUACAGUGAAAUGCUUACUCUUUGGGUUGUAUUAUGUAAUUACCACAAGUUUUAGAAAUGAAAAAGAUUUAAUUUUUUUUCUCCCACUGAAAA